AUGACCACCGAAGAUUCGAUGCAGUCAACCAGCCAGCACACCGAGUCUACAUUCGCCGGCUGGCCUGCACAGACCACCGGUCAAACCGACAGCAGCACGACGCAGCCGCCCGCUUCCACCAGCGAAACCGGGGCAACGCAGCCACCCGCCUUCACCAGCAAGCCCGCUCGACCAACCACCCUGCAACCCAGCACGCUGACCAUCAACCUGCCUGCUCCAAUGUCAACCUCUAGUCACGCCACUACCGCAACCAGCAACAUGGCCAACUUACCGGCUCCAGCCGUCAGCUACACCGGCAACCUCAGCCAGCUGACCAGCAUAGCGACCCUGCUACCGUUCUUCCGCGGCAAGCUCCAUGAAGACCCCAUCACCUUCAUGCGACAGUGCACCGAGCUGCUACAGGGUCACCACAUUCCCAGCUAUACCUGGGUCAUGCUUCUAAAAGCACAACUACAAGACGACGCCGCCGCCUGGUGGAGAGACUACGGAGAAUUCGUCACCACCUGGGAACAGUUCCGUGACCGACUUCAGGCCCGUUUCUCGGGAGCCCAUAAAAUCGCAGCCGCUCACACAGAAUUUUAUGGCACCACCCACAAACCGAACCAGCCAGUGGAGCGAUUCAUCCGUCAGAAGCUCCAACUACAGCAGCGCUUAGGAACCAACCUGGCUGAAGACAAGGUGAUCGCCCUGCUCAUCGGUCAGCUGAGUUCCGAGCUUCGCACCCUAGUUCGAGCUGCUCGUCCCACAAACUAUGAAGAGCUGAUCAUGAUCGCCAACGACCUGGAAACCGACCUCAACAGUCGACCAAAAUAUAAGCCGCCUUAA